UUUUAUCGGUUUUAUAUGGAAUUUAUCUGUUUCCUUUUUUUCGACUGCCAGGUAAUUUCAUAAGCGUUGGAUGUGUAAAUAUACGACGAUAGCAGUGGAACAUAGGGCAUGUAUGACUGUCGUUGAUAAGCGAGAGCAUAGAGACCCCGGAAUGGGGACAUGUCCGCUCUCUAUACUUAACCCUGGGGACAGCUUAAACCCCAUGAACUCCCGUAUGCGGUCGGGCAAGCGAUGAAUAACUGUCGGGGACUCCACUAGGAAGUCAACACGGAUUUUUAAACCUGUGGUCAGUUUUUUAAUGCACUGUGUAUUGGAAUAUAAAGUGUGAUCGUGUGUAUUCUAGCUCCCUGUUUACGAUAUCAGCUGAUUGCGGUUUUGUGUCAUUUUUCACUCGGAUAAGACAGGUAACAGGACUCGCAGUGGUGACAUUGUAUAUACAGGUAUGUGAAAAAUGGGAGCAGUCAGGCAGUCAAAAUGGUGUCGAAGACUCAUGUUGCACACCAUCUUUGUCGUUGCCACGGCAGUGCUAGCCAUUGGCAACGGAGCUGCAGGAAUAGCUGUGGAUGAUGCCUUCCAAUUCACACAUGCCACAUACAAUGCCACCAUUUACGAAAAGGCUCCAGGCAAGACGUAUGUCACAUCAUCGAAAAAAAUGGGCAUCUACUCAAUGAUGACAACAGAUGUCAGAUACAAAAUAUUUGAUGGCGACCGUCGAAGUUUGUUUAAGGCAGAGGAAAAUAAAGUUGGGGACUUUCACUUUCUUAGGGUGAGGACACAUUCAAGCUCCCAUGGGGUAUUAAAUAGGGAGUUCGAGGACAGAUAUCAUUUAAAGAUCAAGGCCAUUGGCCAGACUAACUCAGGGUCAUCACUAACGGCAACCACAGAUCUCAUCAUUACUGUUCUGGAUAGGAACGAUCUCAGCCCGCUUUUUGAGCCCGAGAUCUAUAACAAAUCCGUAAGUGAAGACACGCCAUUACAUUCCAGUAUUGUACAAGUGUUUGCGUUAGACAGUGAUAUUGGUAUCAAUAAAGAAAUCUAUUACAGCUUUAGAAAAAGGACAAGAACGUUUGCUAUUCAUCCUACAACAGGGGUGAUAACUCUGACACAACCUCUAAACGUUUUUGAGGAGAAUGAAUAUCACCUCGAUGUGAUAGCAGAGGAUAGGGGGCCAAAACAUCCAGAUCUUAGACCUAAAUAUUGUACAGUUCACAUAGAGGUUUUAGAGGCUAACUUUUACGCUCCACAGAUUAUAGUGCAACAUCUACCAGCAGUGGUGGAGAAUGGUAGCCAAGGCACUGUUUAUGCCAUAAUUACUGUCACAGACCAGGACCAAGGGGAAAAGGGGGUCAUCAGUGAUGUGUCAAUUAUAGACUCAGAAAAUGUUGAUCAGAGUUUGUUUAGAAUUGAGGAAACAUCUAACCCGAGUGAAUAUAACUUUGUUGUAUUAAAAUCUUUAGAUAAAGAAAUAGCGCCAGAUGGAUAUGAUCUCGAAAUUGAGGCCACCGAUUCUGGCAUUCCAUCCAAAUCCAUGAGAACAAGGAUUCAUGUUGACAUUUUAGACAUCAACGAUAACAAGCCUCUGUUUGAGAAAGAUCAGUAUGAGGCCAGCGUGGAGGAAUUAUUUCCCAUGGGAACAUCAGUGAUAUACAUGAAGGCUAUGGACAAAGAUUUUGGCCGAAACUCUGAGAUAUCUUAUGCCAUAGAAUCUGGAAAUGACCACAAAUUAUUUACGAUUCACAAAGAUACAGGGUUGAUAACAACAGGCGCCAGACUUGACACCGAAUCUGUUCCAAUUGUAACACUAGUAGUCAGUGCGGUAGACCAUGGUAACCGUGGUUCUACGAGAAAAGGCAAUACUGUGGUCAACAUCACGAUCAUCGACUGUAACGACAAUGCGCCGGUGUUCAAUAUUAGCGACACUCAUAUCCUCAUGGAGGAGAAUCUUCCCAUCGGGUCACAAGUAGCAACUAUUACUGCCAUGGAUGCAGAUCAUGGAGGAAACGGACGUGUCAGCUUCUCCAUCGCAAACAUCAACUCCGUCCCUUUUGAGAUUGAUCACUUCACAGGAACUAUCAAGACUACUGAGAGAAUGGAUUACGAGACCAUGAGAAGAAAUCACAAAGUGAAAGUCCGAGCCUCAGAUUGGGGCACUCCAUUCCGACGUGAAAGUGAGGUUACUCUUAAUAUUGAGCUUACAAAUGUCAAUGACAAUGUCCCUCGGUUUGAGAAGAUGCAUUGCUCCGGUUAUCUAUCUCGGGAAGCUCCAAUUGGAACUGAGCUUGCCGUCAUCACUGCCAUUGACUUUGACAACGACAUCUUGACCUAUCGAAUAGAAUCCGGAAAUGAUGAUGGCUGUUUUGAUAUUUCACCUGCAACUGGCACUCUUCUGUUGAAUUGUUCCAUGGAAGACGACUCUGAAACUUCCAGGAGAGUCACAGUUGUAGCAAUAGAUGGAAACUUCAUCUCAAGUGAAUCAGAUAUGCAGAUAACGCUGGUGAACAACCGUCAAAAUUCUCAACUGUCGAACAGCGAUGCAAAUGUUAGGUGUCAGUCCACCAAUGUGUCCCAGGAACUUGCAAAACAGGUGCAGAUCAUGCGCGAAAAUAACCAGCCUCUUGUUGACGAAUCGACCUCAGAGUUAAAUGUCAGUCCGAACCUUCACGACCCCACGUUCAGUUCAACACAAGUUACCAUUUUGGAUAUCUCGGAAGAAGUUGAGGUUGGGACAUCUGUUUUGCUGGUACAAGCUGAUGACGUUGAUCCUGGAUUCAAUGGCAGACUUAACUUUGUUAUUCUCGAUGGGGAUCCACACAACCAGUUUGAUAUUGGACCAAAUACAGGGCAACUUACUGUCAUUUCAAAACUUGACCGUGAAUUCAUUCCAAAGUACGACCUUGAAGUGAUGGCCAUUGACCAAGCAGAUGCGGGGUCACAGAGAUCAGCCACCAUUCUCAUUUCUGUAAACUUACUUGACGAAAAUGAUAAUCCUCCAAUUUUUGAGGACGGAAAUAAUGGGGUCAACGGAAAUAGCGAAGUGAAAAUAUUCGAAAACAUCCUCGUAAAUGCCACAAUCUCACAGCUGAUUGCUCAUGAUCGAGACCUAGGAGUAAAUGGUAAGGUGAUAUAUUCUUUGGGAACAAAUAUCAAUAAGUUUUCUAUUGAUGCUGACAGUGGCAUUGUCAGGGUUGCACAUCCUCUGGAUCGGGAGGAGAUGGCGGUGUACUACUUACCAGUCGUGGCCUCUGAUGAAGGGGAAAAACCUCUUUCGACCACUGCAACUCUUACAAUUACGCUGGAUGACGUGAAUGAUGAAGUACCGAAAUUCAUUCCAGAUCAUUACGAUAUUAAGAUUCGGGAGGAUUUACCUGUUGGUACCGUGGUUACCAUAGUUAAAGCAGAGGAUCCCGACGAGGGUGAGAACGGCAAGGUGACCUACAGACUGACCUAUGGAACUGAGAACAAAUUUGAAAUUGACGAUCUUACCGGAGUAAUCAGAAUCUUGGAUACUCUUGAUUUUGAAUCUCAGCAGAUCUUCAAUAUAAGUGCUGUAGCCGAGGAUGGGGGUGGUUUGGUGUCUGCAUGUUUCAUUAAUAUAGAAAUCAUAGAUGUGAAUGAAAAUCUUGAGCCUCCCGUGUUUGCAUCUUAUUGCGAAACUGGGUUUGUUCAAGAAAAUCGUCCAGUUGGAGUUUAUGUUCUUCAAGUGAGCGCUAGUGAUGCAGAUUCUGAAACGGAUCCAAGGAAUUUUUUAACGUACUCCAUCAGGGAUGGCUCUGGCCUGGGUCGCUUCACAAUAGACAACAAUGGUACAAUACGCACAGGUCAGGUACUCGAUCGUGAGACAGCACCCCACUAUUGGCUUACUGUAUAUGCCCAAGAACAUGCCCCCGUACCCCAGCACGCCCGCCUUGAGGUCUUCAUCAAGGUCAUAGAGGUCAAUGACAACAUUCCACAAUUUCGUAACCCAGUCACCUACAUGGCCAUCAUGGAGAACUCUCCGGCAGGUCUGAUGGUUGGCAACGUCACUGCACAUGACAACGACAACAAUCCCACAGAGAAGCUAACCUAUAGCAUCACCAAGGGCAACACUGGGCAGUACUUUUCCAUCAACAGAUCGACAGGUGUGAUAGUGACCACUGACCAGAACCUGGACAGAGAGGUGCAGGAUACUCAUACGCUGGAGGUAGCCGUUAGUGACAAUGGAACACCAAGUCUUUCGUCAGUCACACGGGUCGUUAUCAACAUCCUUGACGAAAAUGACAACAAACCAAAGUUUCUCCAAAGGAAUUACAAAGUUAACAUCAUGGCCAAGUCUCCAGGAAGUAAACCAAUGCCUGUGCUUCGCGUGUUUGGGGACGACAAGGACAGCGGUAGAAACGCCGAGAUUACAUACAAGAUUCGGGGGAGGGAACAGACUGAGUUCACUAUCAAUGCCACAACCGGUAUGAUCUAUGCGGUGGAAGCCCUGGAACCCAAGAUGUACGAGUUAAAGAUCCGUGCUACAGACAAUGGCGACGUAAAGAGGAGGAGCAGGGUUCGAGCUCAGAUUGUGGUGAGACCUCGUCCAACCAGCUCACCUAAUGCACCCAGUUUCGACCAAUCAGUGUACAUGUUUGAGCCGGUGUCCGAGAACUGUAAGCUUGGUCAGAUGCUAGGAUUGGUCACAGCAAGGGACCCCGAUCAGGACAGGAUAUGGUUUUCUAUCAUAGGUGGUGACGACAACAGUGACUUUCUCAUCAGUCCUGUCGACGGAAGUGUACACCUUGCACGACACCUCGAUCGCGAGACCAAAGAGAUCUACAAUCUUACAGUGGCAGCAACAGAUGGCGUCCAUGAGGCUCAGGCACAUGUUGUGCUACGAGUUCUGGACAGUAACGACAAUUCCCCGAUGUUUACCCAGCCUCAGUUCCACGCCAACGUGUCCGAGAAUGCAGCCAUUGGGACCAAAGUUCUUCAGAUCACAGCUGUGGACAGAGACAAAAACAGUCGACUAUUCUACACCAUCCUGGCUGCAGCUAACAGUCUCACUGACGACAAGUUUGAAAUAAACUCUGAAACAGGUGUAAUCCGAGUGAACCAGGAGCUUGACCGCGAGGUGCAGUCAGUGCACCAUUUAACAGUGAUGGUGCGUGACCAGGGGAAGCAAUCUCACCGAAACUACACCUACGUUACCAUCCAAGUGCUUGACCACAAUGAUUAUGCUCCCGAGUUUCUGGAGGAUAUCAUCGAGGGUCGUGUAUUUGAGACAGCAGCCAUUGGUACCUCCGUAGUUGAGGUCAUGGCUAUUGACAAGGACAAAGGUCAAAACGCAGAGUUAUCCUUCUCCAUCACAUCAGGAAACAUUGGAAGGAUGUUUGAAAUUGAUGAAACUUUGGGAAUAAUCACUGUCGCCCAGGAGCUUGAUAGAGAUGAGAUGUCUUCAUACAAACUGACAGUCAUGGCAAUGGAUCACGGAUCACCACCCCUCAGCAGUACUGUCACUGUGACAAUAUUGGUUACUAUAUCUAACAACGCUGCCCCGAAAUUUGUCUCGGCUGAGUUUAUGGCUGAGGUCCGUGAGAACUGCCCCCUGGGAAGUCACGUGAUUCCCGUGGAGGCUGUUUGUCAGUCGUCAAUGUUGUUUGAUAUCGUAAGCGGUAAUGAGGAUGAUGUGUUCAGCAUCAACCCAAAUUCUGGCAUCAUCUACACGAAGGACAAAGUUGACUACGAAACAUGUGACCAAUACAACCUGACGGUGUCGGCAACCAAUAUUGUAGGCGCAACCUCUACUGUACGGGUUGUCAUCCUGGUCCUCGACCUCAAUGACAAUGCCCCGGUGUUUGAUGAGACCAUGUGCGAGGGCAAGAUAAGCGAAAGUGCCCCUGUCGGAAGUGUUAUCCUCAGCAUGGGAUUGGAACCCUUGGUAGUCCAUGCAACAGACCUUGAUUCAUAUAAAAAUUCACAUGUUACCUACAAGAUAACUGACCCAAAGGGUAGUAAGUACUUCUCCGUAGACUCUGCCACCGGAGCAAUCAAAAGCAUGACUGCCCUCGAUCACGAAGAAUUCGACAAGAUUGAGUUUUACGUGUAUGUAUGGGAUAAGGGUUAUCCUCAGCUUCAGGCUAUUGAACCAGCGAAGGUUGUCAUCCAUAUUGUCGAUAUGAACGAUAACCCACCGUACUUCACACAACUAUCAUACCAUGCUGAUAUUUUAUUACCGACUACGGAAAACGUCGAAAUAAUCAAACUUAAUGCUACGGACAUUGAUUCAAUCAACAAGGACACUUUAGAAUUUAGCAUUGUGGAAGGCAAUGCUGAUGACAAAUUCAAGAUUAAUUCUCAAACUGGACAGAUCUUUAUAAAAAAUAAAGCCGAUUUACAGGAAAGUUAUGAAUUAGGUGUUGAGGUUACUGAUGGGAAGUUUAAAUCAGCUUCUACCCUGACCAUUUCGGUGAGCUCUCCCGUGGAAGAGGUGUUUGUGUUCAGUAAACCAGUGUACUCUGUCAAUAUUACAGAGAACACCCCAGGCCCUCAGACACUCACUGUCAUACAAGUACUGGAUCCCAUGAACCAGCACCUAGUGUUCACACUGUUGAACCACCAGGAUUUGUUCAGUAUUGUCCAGACAUCUGGCGUCCUCCAGACAAAGGACCAGAGUUUUGACCGGGAAGAAAACACACGGUACACUCUGGUUGUUUCUGUCCGAGGGGAGUCUGGGCAGAUUGCACAUGUUCUUGUCGAAGUGAACAUUCUGGAUGAGAACGACAAUGACCCACAGUUUGUGAACCAGCCCUAUGAUACAGUGGUUGCGAUUGGUCUGCAGACAGGUGAACUAGUCCGACAGGUAACUGCUAUUGACCGAGACAGUGGAAGCAAUGGCCUGGUCAAGUUUACCGUGGUGACAGGAUACCAGGACAAGUUCAGCAUCGGGACCAAUGAUGGACGAAUCAGUCUGGCCAGUCCCCUUGACCAAGCUGACCAGAACAGGGACUUUGUGCUGACCAUCAGGGCUAGCGAUGAAGGUACCCCUCCUCGAGCUGUAGACGUCAAUGUUACCAUCUCAGUGAUCAGCAAUGCCCACCCUCGCUUUGAGCAACAGUUCUACACGACGACCGUCCGUGAGGAUGUCCAGCUCCAUACACCGGUCAUCAGUGUCCGAGCGGUCAGCCCCAAUGGACACAAACUCAUCUACACUAUAAUCAGUGGCGACAUGUACAAAGAUUUUGAUGUGGACUUCAACAUAGGCACGGACGCACUCGGCCCGUGUGUUGUGGAUGUGGUCAGUCCGCUGGACUAUGAGGUCACCAAGGGUUACGAGCUUGUCAUCCAGGCAGCAGAUGUUAAGACCAGCGCUACAGCCACGGCAACAGUGAGAGUUAUCGUUACUGAUGUUAAUGACAAUGUUCCAGUUUUCACCAACUACAAGUACACUGCUCUCCUGUCUGAGGCGGUUGGUGUAGGGAUGUCUGUCGUCAAGGUACAUGCCGACGACGAUGACCUUGGAAGUAGUGGGUUGGUGUUCUACAGUAUAGAACCCCUAACAGAGGGCAGCACCGACCCCGAUUUCUUCACCAUCGACAGUCAGAGCGGACUGGUCAGUCUUAUACAACCCCUUGACCAUGAAGUGCAGACUGACUUCACAUUUGUUGUUCGGGCGACAGAUGGAGGUCUACCAGCUUCCAGCAGCAAGGUUUACGUACAUGUCAUUGUGGAAGACUUCAACGACAAUGCACCCCAGUUUGACCAGCCCUCAUAUGACUGUUCUAUCACAGUGCAGACGACUGGUCAGAUUGUUACCAGGGUAACAGCCUCUGACCCUGACAUCAGUAGCCAAGGCAACCUGAUGUAUGCUAUCGUGGGUGGAAACGACGACCAGACGUUUCGUAUGGAUGCUCAGACAGGUUUGGUCACUCUGACAGGUCGGAAUGGUGGCCAUUACUAUCACGCCUACACGGUCAAUGUAUCUGUGUCUGACGGCGUCUUCACCAGUUUUACACGUGUCGGUAUCACAAUCCAGGAUGGAAACAACCACACACCCGUAUUCCAGGAGUAUCCCUACCACGCUUCAGUUGACGAAAAUCUCGGGCCAGGCAUCCUCGUCACUGUGGUGUCCGCCAACGAUGGUGACCACGGCAACAAUGGCCUCCUCACAUACACCAUCACCAGUGAUCACAUGAUGAAGUUCUUCAGUAUUGAUGUGGACACUGGAGAAAUAUUUACAGAACACAUGUUUGAUAGAGAAGUGGAGGAUACCUACCUUGUCCCAGUGUCGGCCAUUGACAAUGGUGGGAGAAUGGGCUUCACUAUGGUGGAGAUUUCUAUCACCGAUAAAAACGAUAAUAUCCCAGCAUUCACCACCCAGAACUAUCGUGCUGUAGAGGCAUUUGAUGCAGCCAUCAACACCACCAUUAUACAGGUAACUGCUCGUGACCGUGACCUUGGGGAUAACGGCCGUAUAAUUUACCAACUCUAUGAUGACAAUGUGACCCCUUAUGUGUUUGUUGACCCUAACACUGGUGAUGUCAAGGUCAAGGCUGACCUGACACCGAAAAUGAAUUCCUUGAUGCAGUUCUUCAUCAGUGCUGUCGACUUUGGCGAGAUCCCAUUAGAGAACAAUGUUCCUGUGGAGAUCUAUGUGAUGGGGCCGAAUGAGGUGGCGCCCCGCUUCCCACAGUCUAAGUACAUUUUUGUGACACCAGAGAACACCGAUAAGUUCAACUUCAUCCGGACAAUCACGGCCGAGAGUCAGCAGCCAGUCCACUACAAGGUCGUACCCGGUAGUAACCCAGAGACGAACCACCCACAACUCUUCACCGUGGAUGACUCUGGCAAUAUACACCUCAAUGGAGACCUUGACGCGGAGGAAGUGUCACAGUACACAUUGACUCUUUUGGCUUACACAGAGGCUUCACCAUCCCUGGUCAACACAACUGAGGUUUACUUCCAGAUCACCGGCAUCAACGACAAUGCCCCACAGUUUGAGUCUAACCCCUACACCGCAAGUCUUGUAGAAAACUCCAAACCAGGAAUCAGAAUCAUACAGGUCAGGGCAUUUGACCUUGACAAGCCGCAGACAUUGACCUAUAGAUUCAGUGCUGGUAUGGAGGAGGCUGCUCAGAUGUUUAAUAUUGACAAGAACACUGGCUGGAUAACACUGUUAUCGUCUGUUGACCGUGAAAUGAAGAGUGACUAUAACCUCUCUGUCAUGGUGGAGGAUACCGAGGGGUCGGUUACUAGGACUAGUGUGACCUCUGUCCUGAUAGACAUCAAGGACUAUAACGACAAUCCGCCGGUAUUCCCGAGCCGCCACUACAACGCGGCUGUCAACGAGCUGGCAGAACCCGGAACGGUCGUGUUGGCACUACAUGUAUCCGAUGCAGACAGCGCACAGAACACACACAUCAGUUACUUCAUUAUCGAUGGGGACCCACAUGGUCGCUUCCAGGUGUAUCACACAGGCGAGGUCUGCGUCAGUCGGCCACUUGAUCGUGAACAGAUUAACAUAUACAACCUCCAGAUUGCUGCAACUGACGGUGGCCUCAGUUCCAUGACAACUGUUACUGUGGAUAUCCUUGACGACAAUGACAACAGUCCAGUGUGUGGACAGCCAUACCAUGAGGUUGUGUUGUCAGAAGAUGUCCUGCCAUCCGACAUCAUCAUCCGAGUCCAUGCCACAGACGCAGACAACCCCUCUACCAUCAAUGCCAAAGUCCGCUACAUUCUUUCUCGGGAGCAGGACAGAGAAAAGUUCACUGUGGACGAGGCUACAGGUAUCCUAACCAUCAGGGACAGCCUUGACCGCGAGGACGUAUCCAAGUAUGCUGUGGUGGUCAGUGCUGUGGAUGGAGGUCAGAGGUCAUGCGACACGCAGGUCUUCAUACAGCUCAGCGAUGUCAAUGACAACCGUCCUGAAUUUGUUGAUGCACCGACAGAUUUCUUGUUGUCCGAGUCGGCAGAAGUCAACACAUUGCUGAUAAGAGUGACAGCUCAGGAUGCUGACUUGGGAAUAAACCGCCAGGUGAGGUACCGCCUGACAGACGAUGGCAACGGUACAUUCGCUGUGGACACUGAGACAGGAAUACUCAUGUUAAAGAAACCAGUGGACCGAGAGACAGUGCCGUCCUACCGACUUGUCCUACAGGCCAGUGACCAGGGAACACCAAGUCUAUCCUCCGAAACCGUCCUCCGUGUCCUUCUACGGGAUGAGAAUGAUAAUCCACCAGAGUUUGUCCGCAACAGUUACAGUGAGACUUUGGCAGAAAAUGUUAAGGUCGGAACAAUGGUCACACAGGUAGAGGCUACCAGUAAGGACAUUGGGCAAAAUGCAGUCAUGAUGUAUUCCAUCGUCGGCGGCAACAAGCAGGGGAAAUUUUCUCUCCAUCCAGACACGGGUACAAUUUAUGUCCUGGGAGAACUAGACUAUGAGGCUACUCAUCAUUAUAUCCUUACGAUCAUCGCACGUGACCGUGGCAUAGUGCCACUCAGUAGCUCUGCCUAUGUCACCAUCAAUGUGAUUGAUGUCAACGACAACACACCUGUCUUCACUCAAGCCAGCUACAGUGUGCGGGUCAAUGAGUCGGAAAAAGUUGCUUCCAUCGUUGUCAAGGUGAGUGCCAGUGAUGCAGACAGUCCUCCAAACUCUGUGCUGACCUACUCCAUAUCAGAUGGCGACCGUCUUGACAAUUUCAAAAUCAACCCGAAGGAUGGUACAAUAAGAAUAAAGACUCCACUGGACAGAGAAUCGCUGUCCCGUAUAGUCCUGAUGGUCAAGACUACGGAUGGCGGUCAGCCCAGCAAGACCGCUGAGGCCUCUGUUCAGGUGGACAUUAUCGAUGCCAACGACUGUGCCCCGCGCUUCUCUGAAGACAACUACACCGCAGUUGUGCAGCGCCCUCCACAAGGCCUCGAGGAUAUCCAUAUUGGAUACGACAUCAUCGGCUUCCAGGUGACCGACGAUGACCUUCAUCCAAACGGAGAACCCUUCACUUAUGACAUCAUCAAUGGCAAUGAGGGCGGAGAGUUCCGUGUGGAUUCGCAGGGAGUUCUAACAACAGCAAGCAAGUUUAACCACAACAUCAAGAACCUGUACCAGCUUGUCCUGCGAGUAUUCGACAAUGGGUUUCCAUCACUUUACACCGAUGUGCCUGUUACCAUAACAAUUACGGAGAAAGGCAGCAACCCGCCGAAGGUGGCUAACCUGGAGGUCACCAUCAACUCCUACCUGGACGAGUUUCCCGGAGGUUUGAUUGGUCGACUGGAGGCCACAGACAUGGACAGAUUUGACAUUCUCACUUACCAAGUUGUCUCGCAGAACCGCCACCUCUUUGACAUUGACAAGGACGAUGGCAGACUGGUGGCUUACGAAGGACUUGAUGCUGGUGAUUACCUUGUAAACAUCAGUGUUACAGACGGACACUACAUUAGUUACGGCCGAGUGUACGUGGACGUUGUGGCCAUCACAGAAAAGAUGUUGAACAAUGCAGUGACCAUCCAGCUUCAGAACCUCACGCCACGAGACUUCAUACAGCACUACCAGAAUGACUUUCGCAAGGCUGUCAGAAGGAGGCUUGGUAUCAAGAAACGUGAUGUCCAGAUCAUCAAUGUCCAGCCCAGCCAGGCCUUGGAUGGCCAGGCCCGUAGGAAGCGAGACACAAGUUCUGAUCUUGAUGUUCUAUUUGCAGCCAAGAGAGGUCCCAAUAACUACUUCUCCAGCAAGUUAUUGAGGAAGAAGAUCAUGCAGAUGACUAACGAUAUUGAACAGGCGCUCGGGGUCACCGUCAUUGACGUGUUCAACGAUAUCUGUCACGGCGAUCUUUGUCCAGACGGCAAGUGUGUGGGAGAACUUGUGUUCGACAAGAAGAGUCAGACGCCCAUUGUCAUGGAUGUGGGGACGUUUGUGACGGCACGCCAUUCCUACACAUACAAAUGUGUCUGUACUGAGCAGUCUAGAGGUCCUACGUGUGAGAAUCCGAGGGUCGGAAGCCAGUGCCUCCCUGGUCAGCCUUGUAUCACAGAGUCAUCGGAGCCAGAAAUCUGUACCGACUUCUCAUGCUACUCCGGAAACAAGCCAAUGACAUUUAUGGGCCAGAGUUACGCCAAGUGGACGUUACAGGACGCCUUCAGUAUAGAGCAGCGACUGAGUCUAUCCCUGAGAAUCAAGACCCGACGAUCCAUGGCCAGCAUCAUGUUCGCUAAGGGCAAUGUUGACUACAGUAUACUAGAGAUAUUUGAUGGUAUGGUUCAGUACCAGUUUGACUGUGGCAGUGGUCGUGGCCUUGUUCAAAUUCCUGUCCACAUCAACGACGGUAAGUGGCACACCAUCAAUCUCGAGAGACGGGGCCGCAUGGCCGAAGUGUCACUGGACGGUGAGUUCUCCAACAUGGACAUCGCCCCAGGUGUCAACGACUACAUCAACCUCAACACCAAGGACAUUUAUUUUGGUGCGGAAGUCGUCGCCCAGGGUUACCACCACACAGUCCAGCGUGGUUUUGAGGGAUGCAUGGAGGAUGUGAAGCUGUGGAGUGUUCGACUUCCGUUUGAGGGUAGCAAUGCCGUCGUCUCCAGCCAAGAGUUCAAACAAGUACAAUUCCACUGUAAAGACAGCUCCACCGGCAUCGAGGGUACAAAUAUCUGUAGCACCUUCCCCUGUAUGAACGGUGGUACGUGUCAGAACUCUGGCAUAAACUCCUACAUCUGUGUCUGUCCUGACCGAUUCUACGGGGCCAAGUGUGAGAUUGAUUCAGACCCGUGUGCCAACUCGCCAUGUCGUAAUAAUGCCAAGUGUCAGAAUGUCAAGGACAUGCCCAAUGAGUUUGAGUGCUCGUGUCCCGGGGAGCUGAAGGGCAAGCUGUGUGAAUAUGGUCAGCACUGUAUCCCAAACCCCUGUCAACAUGGAGGCACGUGUGUGGAAGGUCCCAACCGGGCCAUCUGUAUCUGUCAGACAGGGUUUGAAGGUCCACUAUGUACAAUAAGGGUGAAUCCGUGCCGCAACAAUCCGUGUCUCCAUGGUGGCAUGUGCCACAGCAUCGAGGCCACCUACAUCUGUAACUGUACCAGCUCCAGGAACGGUGAACACUGUCAAAACAUUGUCAUACCGACCAUUACCUCAAAUACUACAGGCAUCACGCAGGAAACUCUGUUUGGUAUUGUUGGUGUGGCUAUAGCAUUGAUCCUGCUAGCCUUCCUUUUCGUCAUGAUCCAGUGUUACCGACGUAGGAACAACCGUCGCCGUGGUCACAAUAACCGUCACAACAGCGAGGAAAGAGACAUGAUGCUGCGAGGGACGAAAGACGAUAAGAAAUGCAAAGUUAGCUCCUUUGACCUACCAUCCCUACACAUGCAGAACAUCCCACCAAGCCCGCGCCCACCUCCCGUCCCUAACAGGCCUGUGUCCUACACGCCCAGUAACCAUGCCGACUCCCUGAACACUCUCAACAAUUUUGACACUGUCAGGAAUUACGGAAGUGCAGCCGACGACCUAGAAAACUGUAACACAAACAUCCCGUACCGUGACCACUACUUCCAGACGUUUGCUCCCCCUCCUCCCAGGAGUACAGCCAGCAUGGCUCCGUCUCUUCCUCCCCCACCCCCUUCCAACCCAGCCUCUGACACAGACUCCAUACAGAAGUUGCCUUGGGAAAACGAAUUCCCGAACAUGCUGGAAAACCAUGAAGAAAAGAAACAUCCAGAGAAGUUUAGUGGAAUUCCACGAUAUGUUCAUCCUAUGGGACCUGAUGCAACGUCAUUCAGUAGUUUACCUGUCUCAGAGUCGGAAGACGAACCAGCAGCUAGGAGGAAGAAGAACAAAGAUUAUCACUGGGAUGCCUCAGACUGGGCCCCGCGACCAUCCCUUCCAAACAUUAGCGAGGUACCAAUGAAGGAGGUCCCCGACUCGCCCCGAUCUAGUCCCCACAGCAACGACAGUAACACCCAUGUGUCCAGCUUCAUCCAGCCUCCACCCUGCAUGACUGAGAGUGGAGGCAUGUACACUGAUCCCGAACUCCUAGAAUCGGAGUAUGUCGGAGAUUCUGAGUACGCUGAGAACGAAUAUGACACUGAUGAUCACGGAUAUCCAAGUCCCCCUGACUACCACCAAAUCUUAGGGCUGCCUCCCUUCCCUGAGAUUGACGAACAGAAUGGUGGACAGGAGGAUCCUUACCAUCUUCCUCAACAUAACCUACACAUGCAUCCCGACCAAUAUCUCCCAAACCAUAGUUUCAGCCAGUCACGCGAACAGGUUGGGGAGAUGAUGCAGGACCCACCCACGUACCCCGAGGUGGAAAUCAGUGACGCGAGUGACAAUGCUGACAAUGAAAGUGUGGUACAGUACGGCUUCCCAUCCAGUAGUGUAGGGAGACGACCGCGAGUGGCUCAGGAAAGCGAGUAUAACCCAGACUUUGGCCAGUCGGCUGCAUCUAUGAUUGACAACAUGAGCGUGUCGGUGGGCGGUUACACGUCCACCAAUGCCUCGUGUUCAGACAUUUCCGGUCUGUGUGAGAUUGAGGACAGUGAAGUCAAUCUCAGUGAGGAGGACAGUGCUGACGAAUUGACGCCGUUAAAUAAUGAACAGUUACAUACAGUGGUGUAACCCUGUCUGUGUUUUGUAGUGAACAAAGGAUUUAAAUAAAGGGGAACAGAAACUACAACUACCCCCACUGUGUCCGUCAGCUUGACGUUAUAGAAUGUGUGAGUGUGCGCGGGAGAAACUGCCUUUCUACAUCAGGGAAUAUUGCCCCCCUCUCCAAGCCGUCACAAGGGGCCGUCAUACAUACAUUUCUGCAGCCUCUUUGAUAACAGGUGCUUUACAAUAAACUUUCACCUACAGCUUUUUUUCACUAUCAUCAGAUGUUUAGGUUGUUCAUCUUGACUGCAUUUGCGAGUAAGAUUGUGUUUCCAUGACAACGGCCUCCAGCCAAUCAAUGGUGAUGACGUUAGGAUAUUUGAGCCGGAGCGGACACCAUAUUGAUUAUAUGAUCACUUCUUCGUAAACGUGCCAUCAUCACAGAUUUUGUUUGUAUUUAACGAGGAUUAAUCAUGAAAUACUUUGUUUAAUGUCUUAAUUAUAUAAAAAGAUUUUCCUCAGUUCACAGAACGACCAUUGAUAUAGGUGGUGCUAUUAGAUUUGUUGUAUUCCUUGAUAAUUGUAAUGAUUUUAAGAAUGAUUUCAGUUCUGUACUGAGUGUAUACAAGUUGUCUACACUUAGUUCCGAUUUAGCAUUUUACAUAUAUAUAUAUAUAUAUAUAUAUAUAUAUCCAUGACCAGAUACACAAUGUUCAUUUCUUGUCACACAAAAAUUCAGUAGUGGUUCGGCUAAUUAUAAAUCUUUGCUGCAAUAGUUGUGUUGAAUCUCGGCAUAGUUCUGCCCACGUUUCCCUGCAGUGUUAGCGGUUGUGUGUCACAUUUAUGUUAACAUACGUUUAAUUACAAUGAUCAAUUGAUAUUGUUUCAUACAUAAUUACCUCCCCUGAUUUGUUUUGCUUGAUUAUGUAAUGAUUUGAUACUAAAAUGCCUGAAACGGAAGGUUUGUUUCAAUAAUAUAAGCACAAUAGCAGCAAUGAUCCAUUUGCCUCCAUGAUUCACUUGGUAUAAAUAAAAGAAAAAAUAUCCGCAGAGCAAAAUCGUAAGCUCAGAUAUCCAGCAUGAAAUAUAUAUUUGUAUUUACAUUGUAUGUUCAACACAUGAGAAAGAAAUUAUAUCAAACGGCACAUAAAUGACAUUAGUUUGAACAUGUUCAUGUCAUCAAGGAUUUCUAGUCUGACCUCAGACUGAAGAUUUCAAUUGUUUAAAUUGGGUUAUUCCGUCUUUUCGUAUUGCAGAGUUAUCUGCUCUUGAUAGCAGGUAUUGAUAGCAUACGUCAUUUGUUUGUG